AUGGUAGAUAAAGGUCAAGUCAUCAGCCUUUGUCGUUCCCUGCUUUGGGCAGGGCGUCAGUACCCUGACUACAACAUCAGGGAGUACGCUAAGCGAAGGACCUUGGAUGGGUUCCUCAUGAACAAGAAUCUCACUGAUCAUUCUAAGGUGGAGGAUGCUUAUGCUGAAGGUAAGAAGCAGCUGGAGGUUGUAGAGAGGGUGGUGAAGGUUUACUUGGCAUAUCCUCCCAAGACCAAGAACAUCAUGGAACUCAAGCUUCAGUAG